UGGGCACUGCCAUGCCGGCUCGUGUACGGCAAAGGAGCCAGUGCGAGUGAGAAUAAGAGGGCCACCUCUCUCACUCUAUUCACAUUGCGCAUGUGCAGUACAUGUGAAAACAAAGAGAUCAGUAAAUAAAGGCGAUAAGUGAACAUUGUUAAGCCCACAAAGAGUUUAGAAAAAAAGAGAAUUGGGGAAAUUUCGAACGUGGAUAAUACUUUUGUAAUAGUGAAAUAACAUUGGAAUAAAAAUGGUGAAAAAUUGCUGCGUGAAAAACUGCUCUAACAGUUGGUUUCCUAACACUAACCUCACAUAUCAUAAUCUUGGUAAGAAACGACUAGAGCAAUGGAGCCAAAUUGUACCCAGCAAAAAUGGACUGACUGCAUCAUCAACGAUUUGCAGUGCUCACUUCGAUGCAUCUGAUUUCGUUACUUCUGGUGUCAGACGAACAUUGAAAUCCACGGCUGUACCACACCACUUUGGAGAUGAUGCAAAAAAAAGGAGACUUUCUAACGUGUUACGAACCGAUGGGAAUCAAGUACUAGAACUGCAUAAUACCGAACUGACGUCUCCAAUACUUGAAGCGACGCCAGUUCACAGUAACGUAUCACAUAUAAUUGAUGCUGAUUGUCCUCGUACACCACUAGAAGAUAUCACGACAUCGUCAAUGUCGUCAUCAACAAAUCAAUUACCAAAUUCAUCCAGUAUGACGAAUGAUUCAUCUGCCAAAAAAUCUUGUUCAGAAUCGACCCCCAAUCUUCAUAUGACCAACAAACCAUGGGAUACUGAAAGAAUAAUCAAAUUUCACAAGGAAAAACAAGAAGCACUUCGCAGAAAAAUAAAAAUACUUCAAUCAAAACUCCGCCGUAGAGAGAAGAAACUGACAAAUUUGACUUCAAUCAUAAAAGUCCUUAAAAAACAAGGAAUUAUGUUGGACAUAUCUAAAUUUGAAAUUUCCUGUCCGGAAGGCUCUAUUGACUCAGACGAUUUAAGCUCCACGUCUGAGUAAUCAAGUGGAGGAUCUAUUGAAUUACAUAUACUCUUUGUAUCUUUCCAUAGUAAAACCUCGUGACUGAAUUGUAAAUAACUCACAGGGAACGAAUAAAAUUUUACUCUAUUUCAGUUAUAA